GGUGGUGGUGAAGGACAAACUUGAGUUGAGCCGCUGAGUCUCCCAGUCGAUCAGCUGGAGACUGGCUCCCUCUGAGCCGCCAUCUUUAAUCCAUGGUAACAUUGUAGCUGCAGUGGUAGCAGCUUCGGGUUACAUUGUAUCCGGGGAGAUUGUUACCGCCAGGAACCAGGACAGUAAAGGCAGCCUACAGCCUAUAUACCCCCCUCAAAGAAGCUUUAUCCCUCUGAAAUGUCAGCCAUGAAUCCCGAAUAUGACUACUUGUUCAAACUGCUCCUCAUUGGUGACUCUGGUGUUGGCAAGUCUUGUCUGCUGCUCCGGUUUGCUGAUGAUACAUACACAGAAAGCUACAUCAGUACCAUUGGUGUCGACUUCAAAAUCAGAACCAUAGAACUAGAGGGCAAAACCAUUAAACUACAGAUUUGGGAUACAGCAGGACAAGAACGGUUCAGGACCAUCACUUCCAGUUACUACAGAGGAGCACAUGGGAUUAUUAUUGUGUAUGAUGUUACAGAUCAGGAUUCUUUCAAUAAUGUUAAGCAGUGGUUGGAGGAAAUAGCUCGCUAUGCCAGUGAGAAUGUGAACAAAUUACUAGUAGGAAACAAAUGUGACUUGACUACUAAAAAGGUAGUGGAUUAUACUACAGCUAAGGAGUAUGCUGACUCUCUCCAAAUUCCAUUCUUGGAAACCAGUGCAAAAAAUGCCACCAACGUUGAACAGGCAUUUGUGACGAUGGCUGCAGAGAUCAAGAACCGUAUGGGCACAGGUCCUACACACAAUGAUGAAAAAUCGAAUGUCCGAAUCCAGAGCACUCCAUUAAAGCAAGGCAGUGGUGGAGGUGGCUGCUGCUAAGGGCAUGAGUCCAGCAGAGACAGACCUGUUCCUGUUGCACAGUACAUUUAAACUUCUACAGCAUUCGUCUCCUGACCAAUAAUGGUUUUAACAUAAUGGCCUGUUGAUUUGUGACAAUUUUUUUGGCAGACCCUUUUCUGCCCAAAUAGACUUGAGACCAAUUGGAAACUCCAGGAAAAAUUGUCUUCAUGCAGUUAACUUUUGUCUUGAAAGGUCUUGUGUACUGCUGCUUGAAACACUUGGAUUGUAAGAUAUUUUGUAAUGGUCCAUUUCUUACCACUCUUUUUCUGUCUCCAACACCACUCCUCCACCCCCCCCCACCCCCCACCUCCACAAAGGUUUUUUGUGUUGCAUUGGGGUCAAAACUAACUAGAGCAUCUGAAAGCUGGGUUUAUGGUUCAGCUACACUAUAAAUAUUGCAUUAGCAAUAAUAUUUACUCCAUCUCUUUAUUGGGAAUGGUGGAGUCGGGUGAAGGAAGUCACAACUUGUAAAACCUUUCUUAAAUUGAUCAAACCUUGGAAGUUCUAGUAAAGUAUCUCCUUAACCUUUUCUAACUACCCUUAUUUAAUAUAGAACGGAAUCUGAUUUAAAACUUUAACUGAAGUCUGAAAUUUUACCCUUACCCACUUAAAUUUCUAGUCUUGCUCUAAUUGUUGAACCUCAAUUUUCAAUACUUUUGUUUUGACUGCAUACUAUCAAUUGUUGAAACCCUACACUAUCAGGUUGACACUCAUUGUUAAUGGGAGUAGCCAGGCAGUACAUGCUGCACCAAGCUGACCUUGACAUUGGAGUGGUUACCAAUCGUAUGAAUAAGCACUGUCCCCCUCUGACUCUAUUUACUCCAAUUUGGAUGUCCAAUGCAUUUAGUCUGCCCAUUCCCUGAUAUCACUAAUCUUGUUGAUUUUUGACCCCUUUCUGUAAGGUUAGCGUGAGAGGGUAAACCUAAAAAUAUUCACUGUUCAUUGGUUGUCCAAGAUGCAUUUUGAAGCUCAUCUGGGCUAUAUGAUCUUGUAGACUAAAUACAAUUGACCACAAUUUGAGUACAUUCAGUGCAGACAAAAGCAACAGACUGAAUUGGCAAAUAGACCAAGUGCUGUGUAAGCUUGAAUAAGCACUAAAAUGAGUUGCACUUGGAUACCAUGGGCUGAAUGUGAUUUAACAGCAUGUGAUUAAGUUUGUGAAAUGACCAGUAUUAAGGGGAUGAAUGGAUAUCUUUGAGUGUUUGUUCUGCUUGAUAGCUGUAUGCUGGAAAACUGGUUGAAAAUAACUAAUUGAUGCAAUUUUUUGAAGGCCAUCAGUGGAUAACAGCCCAGUUGAUUUGGGUGGCUUUCAUAGUUUAAUUUGCUUCAGCCACUGGACCUCAAAAGUAAACUAAUUGACCAAGCUUGUCCUGAUCUUUACUGUUUAAUUUGAAUUUCAAUUAACAGCCCAAAGUGGAAUUGGUUUUACCUCUGAAUGUAAAAUUGUUUAGGUAUUUCUGCCCAGAUGGGUUAGUCAAUGAUUAGAACACCGUCCUGUGUGCCCUAUAAUGGUCAGAAUUGUUGCUGGAAUGAGCAUUUCCUUAUAUUUGUGAAGGGAUUAUUGGACUUUAGUCCUCUGAAGGACAAGCUUUUGUGCAGAAGCGAAAUGGUGCAAGAAUCUAAUUUGCAAGUUCUGAACACUGGGGAUACUUGCCCAGUGCACAUUCUAAUGCAAAUCACAGGCUUAAACAUCCUAACUCAUGCAAAAAGCAACUGUUCAUCUGCAUAGAUAUGGCCUUGCACAACAGAUGUCUGCACACCUAGUAUUCAUUUACUAUGAGCAUUACUGGUUAUAUAAAGUAGCUUUCAGUACUCAGAAUUUAUCAUCUGGGCCAUAAAUAAAGCUACAAUAAUGUAUACCCAACACUUUUUUAAAACCACAAGGUAACUAAUUAAAUGUAUUGAUUUUUGGGCAGCUGACAUGUUAAGUGAUUUUUUUUUUUUGCUUGAGGCUCUGCAUUCUCCACCCCUCCCAAUACCCCUUUUCUGUCCUGAGCAUCUCUAGUUUUGCACUCAUUCAGAUGAAUUAAUUCCUUGUGUGGCAAUAUGCUGCUUUGCUUGGUAAGUUUUUAAAUCUUGUAAACACUGGAAGCACAAGUAGUCUGGCUGGUCAAUCCUUGUUCUAUGGGAUUGGUUAAGUGUUGUUUUCCCCCAAGCCCUCAUGUGCUGCCUUUAUUUCAAUCAAAACAGCAAAUUUGCUUUAAAAGCAACUGAAAAUUUGAUGCUCAGAAUUAGUAUUUCCAAUUGCUGCAACCUGUGCUGUUUGUGAUUGUUAUACGUCAGCACAGGACACUUCUGCAGAAAGAAAAAAAGAUUGCACAAGAGGUCUCCAUUUUUGCUCUUGGCAUUUUACACACACAUGUAUUUCACAUUCACUUGUCCAAUGCCAUCACUUUUUUUUAAUUGUCACUUCCAAACUUUAUCAUAAUGAUAACCUUUUUUGUUUCUUUAGCAAGCAGACUAUUUGAAGCCUUCAAUUGCAUUGUUUUUGUAUGAGGUUUAUACAAGGGCUAAGCCUCCACUCCAAAUUAACAUCCUGGUUUGAUUUUAGUUUGGGAACUUGAAUUCUGAAGGUCCUUAACAGGGCACUGAAGUGUAUGAGUCCUUCCAGAUUAUGCAUGUGAGUUUUUUUUUCUGAUGUAUUUUAGUUUCUGAUAUAAGCCAACCAUUCUGGGGCUUGACCACAGCCUUGGGUCAGUGAACUGACCACUUCACGUUUAAUCACAUUAUUACUUAAUCACAUGUUCUGUAGUCAUCUUUUAAACCACUUUCAGAAACUACACUUUAUGCACGUGUUCCUAGAGUAUUGAUCGCUUUAGUUGGCUAUUAUGAUUGAGUUUAUUAGUAAAUAUCUGAUUUUGCUUUUAAAGUGUUUUUAAAAUUGCAGCUCCGGGUUGAUUUUCCUGUGAUGGCAGACCCUUGAAUUUCAAGCCUAAGGCCAAAUCUUUUACUCCAUUUGUAAAAGGGCAAGAGAAUUCAAUUUUUUGGGGGAUUUGCAUGUAGUUCUGAUCACUUAUUGCACAGAUUUAACCAGAUUAGCAACAAAUGGCCUGUGUUUUGGGAACCUUUUUUUCCCUUUCUAGCCCUUGUUGGUUUUGACCCUUGCUUUCACUACAUUUGUCUUGUUAUGAAUACUAUUUAAUCACGAAUGCAUUCUAGUUAAAAUGUUUAAAUAUUAAACUUGCUGUACUCUAAUAGGUAGCACCUUUUUUUAAUCAGACAGAUGUUAGGUCAGUUCCUGCACUACCACUUAACAUUCUAUACUGUAAUCUGAACAGUCAUUUCUGGAGUCCAGUAUUAGGAAUGAUACCAAGGUGGAAUAUCUCAAACUAUUCUUCCCAGUCCUGAGUUGACUGAUACUGGCUGUCCUUGCAUUACAUUUUCUUUCCACCAGUAUUUUCCAGAGCGCAUAGCAUUCUAACCCAAACCAUGGGCAUAAUCAGCACUGCAAGAACUGUAAGUCCAAGUCAUUUGAGAAAGCGACAGUAAUCUUGGCUGUAAACUCUGCUUCAGCUGGAACAGGCAUUAAACAAUGAUGCUAGCAUGUUCAAGUUCCCUAUCUUAGCUUCUAUAGCUAAGAGUUAAAUGAUAAACAUCAAACAACUGGGGAAAGGACUGUCAUUUUGUAGACACCUUUUUUGAAUUGAUAUUUAGGGGACCAAAUAUCCAGUGGUUAACACAUCCCAAAUGCUGCACUGAAAUAAAAAAUCUCUACGUGCUCUGGAAAAUUUUCAUACAAUCAACUCCAAUCUUUUAAGGCUUCAGUUCUUGUACUGAUUUUUGCUGUGAUGUUCGUGGCUGAAUGACAUAUAUUUUAUGUUCUGACCCCACAUUUAACCUGGGUGCGAAUGCAUAACCAAAAUCAGUUACCAAAGCAUAAAUAUACAGAGUAAAAUUUCAGUAGUUGACUAGUGAUGGGCUUUUCUUGUUGGUUUAGGAUAGCCCAAACUACUUGCUGGUAGUGAACUUAACCAAGGGGGGAAAUCAUGGAAGUUCAGUAAAUGUUUCCCUCCCAGCAGUUGUAGAUUUUUAGCAGUGGUAGAAUUUUUCAGUGACUGGCAUGUUCAACUGAUUUUCAGAGCUACAGCGGGCACACAUUUGACACACUCCUGUGGAUAUUCCGCCCCCCACCCUUGCAAUCUCCUCCUUUCCCACUACCAAAAGUAGUUGGGACAUGGUCAAUCUGAAGUGGUAUUCUGUUGUACUUCCCGUGAUCUGUAAAUGACUUGUUCUGAAAUUGCGUAAGAUGGAGACCAGCUUUCUUGGAUUUCUUGUUGAUGUGGCUGUCUGGAGAAAAAUAAAGUCAACUUCCCUCC